CGCGUCGCGUGAAGACGUGUUGGUGUCGCGUCAUUCCCACCUGUGGCUAGUGCUCGUUGUGUACAAAAUUUUAUGAAUGGAUAACCGGUUCCCAUGGAUGUGUUUUAAUUCAGUGAUAGUGUGUUGACCUUUAUUAAUCUGUGUUCAAACUGUGAGCGGAGGCUGGAUUUGUGACAUUAACAAAAUAGCUGACAUGGUGACGCGUAUAACGUCGUGACAAAGUGUAACAGUGUCGAUAUUACGGUAAUACGGUAACAGUGGUAAUAAUUUACGCGACUCGGUAAUAAGUUACGCGACUGGGUAAUAAGUUACGCGACUCGGUAAUAAGUUACGCGACUCGGUAACAAGUUGCGUGACACGGUAAUAAGUUACGCGACUCCGUAAUAAGUUGCGUGACACGGUAAUGAGUGACAUGAUGACAAUGUGUCGGUGAUUUUUGUAUCGGCCAGUGGAAUAUGUGCAGUGUGUUGUACGAACAUCAAAAUGUGUGCCAAAUUUUGGAUUUCUACCAUCAUUUUUUGUGUGCUUUCCACGGCCACCUGCUUCCAGCAGCAGUACUUCAGGGUGGUGCCCCGAAGUCUGCGCGUGCAGGAGCGUUCGGAGGCCGUGCUUGAGUGCGCGGUGGCCAACCUGGCUGGCCAGGUGCAGUGGGCCAAGGAUGGAUUCGCGUUAGGGUUCUCCUCAAUAAUACCGGGGUACCCGCGCUACACGAUGUUCGGGGACCGCCGCCACGGGGUGUACAACCUUCGGAUCGUGAAUGUUACUCUGGAGGACGACGCUGAAUAUCAGUGCCAAGUUGGACCGGCUCAGAUGCACAAGGUGAUACGGGCGAACGCGACGCUGACUGUUAUAUCACCCCCAAAUUCAGUGGAGAUCGUGAACCACCCGCACAACUCGAAACUGGAGGUAAAAGAGGGGGAGGAUGUGGUCCUGGAGUGUCAAGUACAGAAUGCGAAGCCAGCUGCUAAGAUUGUAUGGUAUAGAGGCAAUCAGGAGAUGAAGGGGGAUAGAGUUGCCAAUGAAGACAUCAGAGAGGUGGAAAGUGCGAACGGAAAUCCUAAAGCAGUUAGAUACACUACAAUAUCAAGGGUGCAUUUUAAAGCGACAUCAGAGGAUGACUACGCAGAUUUCACCUGCGAGGCCCGUCAUGAAGCCCUCCAUAGAGAUUCACCAAUGCGCAGUACUAUACAACUUAGUGUGCUAUAUCCUCCAGGAGCGCCCUACAUAGAAGGCUACGCGGAGGGCGAGACGGUCCGUCGAGGGCAGAGCCUCGAGCUGGUCUGCAGGAGUCGGGGCGGGAAUCCGCCCGCCCAGCUUAUUUGGUACAAGAAUGGGGAGCAGAUACGGAUGGCUUACAGAACCAGUGGUCGCAUGUCGGAGAAUGCUUUAUCGUUUAAGGCUGACGCGUCUGAUAAUAAGGCGAGAUACACAUGUGAAGCCAAGAACAUCAUGAUAAGCAACACUUUGAAAGCUGAAAUCGACUUGACUGUACUAUUUGCCCCCGCGCACGUCACAAUAUCCGGACCAUCAGAAGCCCGUGUUGGUGACCCGGUGCCGCUCACCUGCAGUACAGCACCCUCGAACCCUGCUGCGGAAGUCAAGUGGCUGGUCUCUGGGAAGCAUCACAGAGAAGCUAGCAAUCGGACUGUUAUAUCUCCUGAAGGUGGUUGGAUAACAACAUCUAACAUCACAGUGGUGGUGGAACCGAACCGGCGAUCCAUAGUAGUCGUGUGCCACGGGAUCAACGCUCAACUUACUGAGAAUGUCGUCGCUACACAUACUAUAAAUGUUUUAUAUCCGCCAUCAGCACCAAUGAUAACAGGAUACAUCCCGGGAACAACGCUCGCUGCGGGAACAGUACAGAAACUAUCUUGCAUCUCAUCUGGCGGGAAUCCUUUGGCUACCCUCACUUGGUUUAAAAAUGAUAAAAAGAUCCACUCGAUAACGAAAGUGUCUGAUAAGUCGGUAUCUGCCGAAAUAUCGAUACUUACCAAUGUGACUGAUAACUUGGCUCAAUAUAGAUGCGAAGCUACAAAUAGUGCCACGGAGAUACCCCUGUUUGAGACUGUCACUUUGAACGUACAUUUUGCCCCCGAGGCAGUGAAAGUGCGGGCAGAACCGGAAGAGCUUCGUCCGGGAAUCGAAGGGACGCUCUACUGUGACGCAGCCAGUAGUAACCCACCGGCCACAUUGUCUUGGUGGAGAGAUGGAAUCCCUGUACAGAGUCAACCAAUGAAAAUGAAGAAAGGCUUACACGGCGGGACGGUAUCCACCAUCGAACUCAAGUUAAACAUAACCAAAGAUUUAAACGGUGCGGUUUACACUUGUCAAGCGAUGAACGAAGCUAUACAGAGGAGUGUACAUGAUGCCUUGACGCUGAAAGUUUUGUACGCGCCAAUAUUCGACGAAUCGAGUCAGACCACAGCCGUGGGUGUCGAAAAUGAACAACUGAUAGUGUCUGUUCGAGCUGAUGGGAACCCGUCUGGUAUUGCGUAUACCUGGACUAAAGAUGGUCUGCCAAUCACACAGGCUUCUUAUACUACCAGUAAUGACAGAAUAAUCUCCGAAGGCAACAUGUUGAACAUGACGCGGUUGUCACGGCAUGACGCUGGCGUGUACUCUUGUGAAGCUGUCAACUCGCAAGGCGCUGCUGUUAUAAACAUCACUGUGUCUGUGCAUUAUGCAGCGGAGAUCAAAUCAGUGUAUCAAGUGGGAGUACCCAGUGCUAAUGAAGAUGCGAUGUUGGUUUGCGCUGCUAAUGGCAACCCGCUAUCACCAGACCACAUAAAAUGGGAGCGACCAGACUACGACCUAUCAUCUCGAUCUAUCACCUUCGACACCAGAAACCAGACCAGCACUCUCAUCAUCGACAAAGUGACAAGAGAUGAUGUGGGCAACUACACGUGUGUGGUGAACAACGGGAUCGGUGAUGAGAGACGGGAAGUGACGUUGGUGAUGAAGUUCAAACCGGAAAUGGAUGUGUCGCCGAAUAUUGUGAAGUCGGCUACGAAUGUUGGACAAGUUGGACGAUUGGUUUGCAAAUGCAAAUCAGUACCACCACCAAACUUCACAUGGUCGAAAAACGGCAUAAAACUACCCACAAACACGUCAACAAAAUACGUAUCCGAGUUCCAUCGUAUCGACGCAUUAACUUUUGCGUCGGUUUUGCUCGUGCGUGACGUCACAUCUAUGGACUAUGGCGUUUAUCAGUGUGCGGCUAGAAACCAUCUGGGUUAUGGGGAGAUGUCGGUUAAAUUGGAUGUUACUAGUGCCCCAGAUCCAGUAACAUCAGUAGUUGUAACCAACGUGACUCAUAACUCGGUCACAUUGGAGUGGGUGCCCGGGUUCGAUGGUGGCCUGUUCUCGUGGUAUAGGAUUCGAUUCCGAAAAAUAUACGACGAAACAUACAAAUAUGAAGACGUAACACCAAAAAACGCUACAUCUUUCACCAUACACGGUCUCGAAAGAAAUACAGAUUACGUAUUUUCCGUGAUGUCCAUAAAUAAAAUUGGACAGAGUAAAUACAGGCCAGAUGACACUAAGGCGACUACAUUGACUUCAUCAGAAGUAGGCGAGCUUAACGUAGUGUCCACAGAGUACGUAGAAACGGCGGAUGUAUCAAAAUCCGUAGUAGUUUAUGUCUCUAUUACUGGAGUAGUUUUGGUUCUUAUAAACGCGGCUUUGGUCGCUUGUUUUGUUUGGAAGCGACGCUCCCGAAGACUCAAAGAACAAGCCGGCCAAUCGUCAAAAUCAGCAACCAUCGAAAUGUACGCCCCAUCAUCAUACAACGACACAAUGACUGGAGAGACCCUUUCCUCCGUUUCGGAGAAAUCUGAGACAUACUCACAAGAUGGAGACGGACAACCGCCGCCAAUACCUGAAGUACCAAGCAUGCCAAAUAGGCAUAUGUUGAAUCAAACGGAAUAUCUCCUAGACGAGCAACUAAUCCCCCCUCCACUAGACUACCCCCCACCGAACUACGCGGUGUACGAGGGCGAGCACGCGCGGACCUUACCCCACCCGCACCGCAACAGGGACACUAGCGGACAUAGCACGCUGGGACGGAGUGCGGGCAAACAGAACUACAUACCGGCACCAAGCCCCAUGCCCCCGCUCGACGGAUCGUACUACAACAUGUCAUCUGAUAGAUAUCUCUCAUAUCCACCGUUGAUUGGCGAAUAUUUACAACAGCAACAACAAUCGGGUCGAACCCCGACCCCACCGCAGCAGUACAGCGCACAACCGCUGAGCAAGCCGCACCUCAACGGGGUCUCGCCUUCACACUUACCCAGCCCUAUGGGCUGUAUGGACGAUCGUCAAUCACUAGGCGGUACAUUACGGCGUCGGUUCGACAAGUUAGCAGUCCCGCCUCCUGACGUCACUGUACUACAUCCCGGGAACUGUACACAGCACCAACCUAUGAAUCACACACCAACCGUGAAACAACCGCAAUCGAUACUAAAAGACCCAUCGCGGCAUAAAUACGGCAACCAAUAUGGCAGCCCGGUGUCUUCUAGCACGCCACAGAAUAGCUCAAACCAAAUCCUAACUGUCCAAAACCUAACAUCAGACGUCCCUCAAUACGGGACUAUCAAAAAGGACAAAAAACAAAACGUCACUAUCGAUGAAUCGUACAACCAGCGAAGUGAAACACAUGUAGUGUAAGUGUCAAACGUGAUUGAUUGAUAAACGAUUGUUCGUGGAUUGUAAAGUGAUUGUUCCGGGAUUGUAAAGUGUAAGAUUGUGAAGUGACUGUUCAGGAUUGUAAAGUGAUUCAAUUACGAGUGCAGUGUAAAUACAUCACGGACUAGUUAAAAUUUUAGAUAGAUAUUAAUUCAUUAUUGUGAUACCAAUGAUCGAACUCCAAAUUAUGUGUCCAUGGUAUUUAGAUAGGAAUGAAAGUUAACCGUUUGAUUUUUAUCAAACCAUUGUUUGACUGACUUAUCAAUAUUGUACAUUAGGACGUCCAAAAGACAUUAGCGAUUGAUAAACAAUCAAUGUCAAAUUGAUUGGUGAUUGAUUGAUUGUUAUUGUAAUUAUUUUUAGUACGUAAUUUUUAAUCGUUUGCCGAUUAUAAUGAUUCCCUUGACGGAUCUCUUUGAUUUUUAGAAUAAUGAUUAUUGUUAAUGAUUUUGAUUCUAUUUUACAAAAUUUAUGGGAAAAUUUUGAAUUAAUCCCAAAGUUAAUGUUUGAAUGAAAAUGAAUGUUCAUGUGAAUUGCAUUUAUUGUUAAAUGAAAAUCUUAGUUUUAAUGAAUGAAUAGCGUAAAUGAAUAAUUCUUUUGAAAUGUGUUGCAUUUACUGCGAGAUCUUCACAUUUGUAUAUUGUAUACAGCCAGUUGUCUUUCUACAAUCUCAUUGUAAAUAAAUAUAUACUCAAGCGCGAACUGACAAUAAUAAUAAGUUUUUAAUUAAAUAUUUUAAUUUAUACUCCGCUUACAAUUAUUUGUAAAUAGAUUAUAUAAUUGUAAUUUUUAUUUCUCUAUAAUAGCUUUUUUAAAUACAAAAUUAAUCGGUUUUAAUACAGAUACCAAAGUUCUUUUUAUUAAUUUUAUUUUUAAGUUAUUAAGCUACUUAAUUCUUUAUUUUUAUUUCAAUUACGAUUAUUUUAAUGUAAAAUUAUUGCAGAUGAACUGAGAAUAAUAAUGUAACAAUUUGUGAAUCAUUUUGAAAAUUUCGAAAGUCCAUCCAACGACGAAAUACGAAUAUAUUUACAAAACAUUUAAUGUUACAUUUUCGAAUUUAAAUAAAAAUGAGCUAAUUGUA